AUGACCGGUCGGGCCAGAGGUCGUGCAAGAGGAAGAUGAAAGAAGACACAAAACACUAGACGGCCAGGCGAACCUGUUUCUGUUAGCUAUGGUAAUCAGGAAGUAGACCGUGGUAACCCUCAAGGUCUCACUGAAGAAUUCCCCUCACUCUCUUUGGGUAACACCAGAAACCAUGCAGAGAAUGCUGGUAUAAACACACCUGUGUCUGGAAAUGAUAUUGUAUCUGGAAACAAUACAGGGACCUGGCAAGGCCUGCCUGCCAAUGGGGUAACAGCGGCACAAAGGAAUGAAGUUGGUAGAGGAAGAGCUGGCAACACAAAUGGAAGAGUACAGGGAAGUCAAGUUGGUCUUGCUGUGGGAGGAAGAGGUGGCAACACAAAUGGAGGAGUACAGGGAAGUGAAGUUGGUCUUGCUGUAGGAGGAAGAGCUGGCAACACAAAUGGAGGAGUACAGGGAAGUCAAGUUGGUCUUGCUGUGGGAGGAAGAGCUGGCAACACAAAUGGAGGAGUACAGGGAAGUGAAGUUGGUCUUGCUGUAGGAGGAAGAGCUGGCAACACAAAUGGAGGAGUACAGGGAAGUGAACUUGGUCUUGCUGUAGGAGGAAGAGCUGGCAACACAAAUGGAGGAGUACAGGGAAGUGGAGUUGGUCUUUCUGUAGGAGCAAGAGCUGCAGAAAGCAGGACCAGUUCUUCAGGAAAUGGAUACAGUGGUGGUAGUGGUGGUCCAGGAAUGCAAAGUGGCCAUCCUGGAAAUGCCAGAUCAAGACCAAUUGAACAGGGAUUCUGCAAUUUGCAGAAAACCUUGAUGGCUAGAUUGACAGAUGCAUGUCUCGCUUUAAAUCUGGCUACUCUCACACGGUCACCAGGAAUACUUCCUAUGUUACUUCUUGUUGAAAAGAAAAAAAACAAUAUCAUUAUCUCUUGCUGCUAUAGCCUGACCUCUUUUUAUUGGAAAAAUCAUGACUUCUGAAUAAAAAAAAACUUGACACAGA